AUGAUUUUGUGGUCUAUAUUCGGCAUCAUAAUAUUGUUAGUACUAAUAGUGAAGGUGUACCAGAAACUGACAGUUGGAAUAUGUCGGACCAGUGCUCAUAUGGUCGGAAAAGUGGUGAUAGUGACUGGUGGAAACAGUGGACUCGGCUUGGAGACAGCCAAGGAUCUGGCGAGUCGUGGUGCUAGGGUGAUUUUGGCUUGUAGGAGCGUUCGACGAGCGGCAGCCGCGAAGGAAGAAAUAAUAAACGCGAGUGGCAACACUGAUGUCCACUUCCGACAACUAGAUUUAGCUUCACUUCGAUCGGUCAAGGACUUCUGCGAUCACAUUUAUAAAACAGAGAAGCGUGUCGAUGUCCUCAUCAACAAUGCUGGUGCGGGCGGGCUCGGUAACGGUAAAACAGCUGAUGGACUUCACGUUGGAAUGCAAGUUAAUUACUUCGCACCAUUUCUUUUGACUUGUCUGCUUGUGCCUUUGAUGAAGUCUUCUGCACCGAGCCGAAUUAUAAAUGUGUCAUCCAUGAUACAUAAAUAUGGAGAGUUAGACUUUGACAAUUUGAAUAUGGAGAAGUACUGGAGUGACUAUCUGGUGUAUGCGAACAGUAAACUUUUCCUGAAUUUGAUGACAUUAGAAUUAAGUUCAAGACUGAAAGGUACGGGUGUUACAGUAAACGCUCUGCAUCCAGGAGUGGCUGCAACAAAUAUAUUCAGGAACAUUCCUAGCAAUAUCAUUAGAAAUAUUGUAGAAAAAUGUAUAGGAUUUAUGUUCCAAAGUCCUUGGGAGGCAGCACAAACCACUAUAUACCUCUCAGUAUCUCCUGAAGUAGAAGGUGUGAGUGGUAAAUACUUUAGUGAUUGCCAAGAGAAGUUACCUUCGAAGUGUUCCCAAGAUGCCGAGUUAGCUAAGAGACUGUGGAUAGAAUCGGAGAAAUUAGUGAAAUAUACUUUAUCGGACAAUUAG